ACGGGCACCAUGACGACCCGUCAGUCCAUCGCCCGACUUCGACGCGACACAAUCGCCUCCUCGUCUGUGCCCAUUCACCAUUGUGCCAUACACUUAGCUAAUGUUCUAACAGAACUUUGUGUUUGCUUUCAAUUCGUCAAUCAUGUCGACUCUAAGUCAUCACCCGUACGCGUUCUCCAUGCACCCUGGCAUGUUACCGGAUUACCCGAGCGCGCCGCAGCCGCUGCCGGCGUCUUCGCCGCAGUCGGAGGGCCACAUCAAGCGGCCCAUGAACGCCUUCAUGGUCUGGUCUCGGCUUCAGCGAAGACAGAUCGCAAAGGACAAUCCGAAGAUGCACAAUUCGGAGAUAUCGAAACGCCUCGGUGCUGAGUGGAAGCUGUUGAGUGAAAUGCAGAAGAGACCGUUCAUCGACGAAGCGAAAAGGCUCCGAGCGUUACAUAUGAAAGAGCAUCCUGACUAUAAAUACAGGCCACGAAGGAAGCCCAAACCACCAACGGCCGGAGGGGCGCCGGGUGCAGGUGCUUUCCCGAGUUUUCCGCUUCCUUAUUUCGCGGGACCCGCACCGACUGUUGGACACCUUGAUGGUCUAUCGUAUCCUGCAGUGUCUCCAUACUUCCCUCAUCAGCUGGAUCAUUUACAGUUUUCAAAGUUGAUGGCGCCGACCGAAAAGUUACCGACGGCAUCAUCAGCGGCCGCUGUCGUGUCAUCGUUCUACUCCUCGCUGUACACGCAGCCCACCGCACCGCCUAAACCAUUCUCAUCACCACUGUUCCAUCAGUACGGAGCAGCGCCGUCUUCACCAGUGUCCCCCGUCACUCCGACGCAGCACAGCCCCCACGACGACCAAUUAAGACGGCCGGUGUCCGUCAUAUAUUGAAGACCAACAUGCCUCCCUUGAAGGACCAACCUUUUAGGGUUUGGCAUCAGUGAAAACUUUAUAAGUGUUAUGAACAAAGACAAUUUAAAUCCCAAGGACCAUAUUUAUUGUUUUCUAGAGUUACGCUUAGUUGAAAAUUGUAAAUGGAGUGUGUCCCAUAUCAAGUGGUUUGUAAAUAUGUUGAAAAUAAUCGUAGGCCCGUUAGAUGGGAAAUGGAUUAAGUUUUAUAAACUGUGAUUUUUGUUUUCGACGCGCCUUCAGAUAUAUAAGUUAGUAGCACUGUUUCAUCAGUUAUGUGAAGUGAGAUCGGUACCAAAAAGAGAUUAUUUCAUGUAGGUGUCACAAUUUAGUAAUAGUAAAGACUUGUUCGAUGUGUAUCAUGAUUUUUGUUUCUCCUAUCACUUGUAAUGUCUAUUUGUUAAGUUUGUUUGUCGUUCCUCUCGCCCGAUAGAUGAUUCGCUCUUCUUCGGUUACUAAGGAAUUUAUUUAUUGCCAGUGUAGAUUUAAACGGUAUAAUUGUAAAUUAGUUGAAUAAAUCGUAAGUGGCUAGUGCAUACCAAUUGUAUAUAUUAGUUGAUAGUUCAAAAUCGAUGUCAUUACCAACGAUGUAUUAUAGAAAUUGAAGAAAAUGAAUUUGUUAACGCCAUACGAAUAAACUAAAUUGUUUUUAUUUUAAA